AUGUUGCUGCGCACUCUGGUCGCCUCGUCAUCUUUCACCUGGACUGCACGGGCUGCUCGACACCACUUGUCUGCCCCGCUUCGGCUAUCCAGCGCUGCCAGAACGGCAGCCGACAAGGGCAGCGGCGGUGGUGGUGGCGGCCUUGAGGUGGACGGCAGCGGUGACGCGGACACCCGAUCACCGUCAACCUCGGAUUCCCGCCCCGCCACCCGCGACGGACCUGGCGCACAUCGUCGCGAGGGCCAGCAGCUGCAGGCAUGUCUGCAGGACGCUCUGCGCCGAAUUGAGGUUCUGGAGCGCCACAUCGCGGCGGCAGACACGACCGCCGGCGGCGCUGCGCACGCUCGCCAGCCCCGCGACGAUGCUUGGCAGCGUGAGCGGGGCGAGGGUGACCGCGGCGAGAAGGGGCGGCCUGGCGGGGGAACACAGCGGCGCAGCGAGUCAGGGGAUGGCGGCGGCGACGGUGUGGAGGGCGGACCGGAGGGCACCCUGAGGACCCUUCACCCCAAGAUUUCGAAAUUUCUGAGCUCUGGCUACCUGGAGAGCCAGGCCCAGCUGCGCGAGCAGCUGAUGCAGCAUGAGUGGGACGGCACGGUGCGCUCGUGGAUGCUGCGCAAGGGUGUGGCUGACUUUGAGCGCUACGCCGCGGAGCAGGACUUGCACGUGCCGUUUGAAGCGAUCUCCAGGCUAUACAAGGUGAGGGGGUGGGGGUGGGCCCGUCCCGCCACAGAGCGGCAGCUGCUGCUGCUUCUGCUGCUGCUGCUGCUGCUGCUGCUGCUGCUGCUGCUGCUGCUGCUGCUGCUGCUGCAAUCACAACAGUGA